CUUGACUUCAUCGUCUGGAUAUCUCUUGGCCAUCAUGGCCUCCCACGACAAGGUUGCCUCUGCGCCUCCAGUCUCCAACGAUGAAUCCAUCGCCAAAAACCCCAUCGCCAAUGCGGAGAUGGACAUGGAAAAAGACGGCCAGCAACGCGCCCCGGAACCGGAGCUGAAGCGCAAGCUGAAGAGCAGACAUUUGCAGAUGAUUGCCAUCGGAGGAACGAUCGGAACGGGUCUCUUCAUCGGUAGCGGCACUGCCAUCGCGGAGGCUGGGCCUGCGGGCGCCUUGAUCGCGUAUAUCUUCGUCGGCACGAUUGUGUAUUCCGUCAUGACCUCGCUCGGUGAAAUCGCUACCUACAUCCCCAUCUCCGGUGCCUUCACCUCGUAUGCUGCGCGACUGGUCGAUCCCAGUCUGGGUUUCGCCAUGGGUUGGAUAUAUUGGUUUAACUGGGCGUCAACGUUUGCGGUAGAAUUGACGGCGACGGGCAUGAUCAUUCAGUAUUGGGACGAAAGUCUGUCAAUCGCCAUCUUCAUUGCAGUCUUCUGGGUGUUUAUCACGGCGCUGAAUUUCCUGCCGGUCAACUUCUACGGUGAAUUGGAAUUCUGGUUCUCGGCCAUCAAGGUGAUCACGGUGCUGGGUUUCUUGAUCUUCGCCAUCUGCAUCGACGCCGGUGUGGGCAAGCAGGGAUAUCUGGGCUUUCACUACUGGGGCACUCCUGGUGCCUUUGCGCCGUAUCUCAUCAAGUCGAAUGAAGCUGUCGCCAAGUUUGUCGGUUUCUGGGCCGUCUUGAUUCAGGCCGGUUUCUCGUAUCAAGGAACCGAGCUGGUGGGUGUCGCGGCUGGUGAGACGGAGAAUCCGCAGAAGACGGUCCCUUCGGCGAUUCGCAAGACGUUCAUUCGCAUUCUCUUCUUCUUCGUCUUGACCAUCUUCUUCAUCGGUAUCCUGGUCCCAUACGAUAACGAUCAGCUGGCAACAGACAACAACAACGCCUCGUCCUCCCCCAUGGUCAUCGCAGCCAACCUGGCCGGCGUCAAAGUCCUGCCUCAUCUGAUCAAUGCCGUUCUCCUCACCGUCGUCCUGUCCGCCGCCAACUCCAACGUCUACAGCGGCAGUCGAGUCCUCCUCGGCCUCGCGCAGGAAGGCUUUGCCCCCAAGAUCUUCGGCCGCGUCACCAGCUACGGCGUCCCCUACAUCAGCGUCAGCUUCACCGCCCUCUUCGGCGCCCUCGCCUUCAUGAACGUCUCCAACACCGGCGGCACCGUCUUCAACUGGCUCGUCAACAUCUCCGGCGUAGCAGGCUUCAUCACCUGGUCCUCCAUCAACCUGUGCCAUAUCGCCUUCAUGCGCGCGCUGGCCGCCCGCGACAUCUCCCGCGAUACACUCCCCUACAAGGCCAUCUGGCAGCCCUACAUGGCCUGGUACGGCUUCUUCUUCAACAUCCUCAUCAUCCUCACCCAGGGCUUCACCGCGUGGAUCCCCACCUUUAACGUGUCUGACUUUUUCGUCGCGUACAUCUGCCCCAUUCUCUUCGUGGUUUUGUACGUCGGACACAAGAUCUUCUACCGUACCAAGUUCAUCCAUCCCCUCGAGGCGGACUUGCAUACGGGUCGAUUCGCCCUGCAGAACGCAUCGUGGGAAACCGCCAAGCCGCCCAAGUCUUGGUAUGAGAAGAUUUGGCGGUCAUAGACAAACACAUAUAAAAGGGGGAAGUCGGAUUAGCGAGCAUUUCAUAAUAGGAGUUGGGAGUCUCAUAUAUUCAGUUAUUACGUAUAUAGAUAUAUAGUAUAUAGCAUUUAAGCAUCCAAUCUAGAAUUAUACACCAUCACGUUCGUCCUACGCCUUUUCUUUCUUAUACUUCACGCCUAACCCGACUCAGAAGUUUUGAUAUAUCUCGCAAAAUAGCUCAGCCCACUCACAAACGCCGUCAACCCCGUAAACACCACCAACACGCCAUAUCCACUCCCAUACCCGCCCCAGGCUUGGCCCUCCCAGACCUUGCCGCGGAGUAGCGCCUCGCUAAGCGGUCCGCUGAGGACAUUGCCUAUUCCGCGCCCUGUCUCGAGGAGGCCAAACACCAUGCUUAGGUCCGCGGAGGGUUUGCUCUUUUUGACUUCGUGGGAGAUGC